AUGGGUCCUCCCUCAUCAGUUGCUGCAUGCACUGAAUUUUUUAAACAACAAAGACAAGAGAUUAUUUUGAAUGGUCAUCUGCCUAAUUGUAUUGGACCACCAAUUUUCUUAUAUCAUGAGGUUUUUUCAAAAUUUUCUUCUGAUUUCAAUAAUGAAAGUCUUGAUUUAUCAGAUGGACUUUGUGCAUGGUCAAGUAAAUUAAUUAAGGAUAUGGCUAAUGAACACAUCAAUGAAGAUUCAUGUAAGAAUGCAUUUAUCAAUCAUAUUACUGAAUUUAUUGGUAAGCUUAUUGAGGUAAAAAUUGAGGAUGGAAGUAGCAAUGAUGGGAUGUUAUUGGUAGAAACUGCUUGUGGUGAAAAUGGAUUACAAAUUAUUCAUGAAAUUAAAAAUGAAAUUGGUGAAGGAGGAAGAUCCAACAAUUCAAGCAACUCUUUCAUAUUCAAAGUAUUGGGCCCAAGAACAGCAUGA